UGCAAAGAAGGGCUACACCGUGCCCAGAGCUGCCAGAUUGGCAGCCUCUGUGCCAUGGCCAGAACUCCACGGAGCACCGCGAGCAGGCGACUGCAGCUGCCCCUGCUAUGCCUCCUUUUCCAGGGUGCCACUGCCGUCCUCUUUGCCGUCUUUGUCCGCUAUGACCAUGAAACCGACGCUGCCCUCUGGCACUGGGGCAACCACAGCAACUCGGACAAUGAAUUCUACUUUCGCUACCCAAGCUUCCAGGAUGUGCAUACCAUGGUCUUCGUGGGCUUCGGCUUCCUCAUGGCCUUCCUGCAGCGCUAUGGCUUCAGCAGCGUGGGCUUCACCUUCCUCCUGGCCGCCUUUGCCCUGCAGUGGGCCACACUCAUGCAGGGUUUCCUCCACUCCUUCCACGGAGGCCACAUCCACGUGAGCGUGGAGAGUAUGAUCAAUGCUGACUUCUGUGCCGGGGCAGUGCUGAUCUCCUUCGGGGCAGUGCUGGGCAAGACCGGACCAGCUCAGCUGCUGUUCAUGGCCCUGCUGGAGGUGGUGCUAUUCAGCGUCAAUGAGUUUGUGCUCCUCAGUCUCCUGGAGGUCAGAGAUGCAGGCGGUUCCAUGACCAUCCACACUUUUGGCGCCUACUUUGGCCUGGUUCUCUCCCGGGUCCUCUACAGGCCACAACUGGAGAAGAGCAAGCAUCGCCAGAGUUCUGUCUACCACUCUGAUCUCUUUGCCAUGAUUGGGACCAUCUUCCUGUGGAUAUUCUGGCCUAGCUUCAACUCUGCGCCCACUGCCCUGGGUGAUGGCCAGCACCGGACAUCCCUCAACACAUACUACUCUCUAACCGCAAGCGCCCUGAGCACUUUCGCCCUGUCUGCCCUCGUCGGAAGUGAUGGGCGGUUGGACAUGGUACAUAUCCAGAAUGCGGCGCUGGCUGGAGGGGUCAUAGUGGGGACCUCCAGUGAAAUGAUGCUCACACCUUUUGGGGCACUGGCUGCUGGCUUUCCUGGCGGGAGCUGUCCACCACUGGGCUACAAGUUCUUCACGCCCAUCCUAGAGUCAAAGUUCAAAGUGCAGGACACGUGUGGUGUUCACAAUCUUCAUGGGAUGCCAGGGGUCUUGGGAGCUUUCCUGGGGUACUGGUAACCUGGCUGGCCACCACACGAAGCUUAUGGAGAUGGCCUGAAGACCGUGUUCCCCCUCAUUGCUGAUGGCCAGCGCAGUGCCACCUCUCAGGCUGUGUACCAGCUCUUUGGGCUGUUUGUCACACUGACAUCUGCCUCUGUGGGUGCGGUCAUUACAGGGCUCCUGCUCCGGCUUCCCUGCCUGGACUCCCCCCCAGAUUCCCAGUGCUUCGAGGACCAGAUUUACUGGGAGGUGCCAGGAGAGCAUGAGGAUGAAGCCCAUGGACCACUGAGGACAGAGGAGUCAGACACUCGGGCCUGACUGACCCCUAGCCCAAGGACAAGCUCCUUUUUGAAAAUGGUGACCAUCACCUACAACAAUAUUCUCUAGCCUUAUCCCACAGCUACCAGAUGAAAAGUCGUGUAUCUGAGGAGAUCUCCUUUCCUGAGGAAACAUGAGGAGUAGACAAUGGAGUGGGGGAGAAGGUUUGGGAAUGGGGCUAUCUAUGGUUGGGGGGCCAUGCAGACUUACCAGCACCCCCACCCUACCUAUCACCUUCUGUAUGUGGGCAGAAGGGGCCAGAGUGAGACUUCUUCCCCCACAUGAACACACGCACAAGUGCCCGUAACCCCAAUUUAGUAUCAGUAAGUCAGUGAGCUUUGAGCCCAUGUCUAAGUCUCAGGGUGAUAAACUCUGCUGACAGAGAA